AUGGAUUUAUUUAAAUAUUUCUUGGACAAUGACAAUAAACCAGAUCACAAGCCAAAAUCUCAAAGUACUAAAGAGAUUAAAAGGGUAGAUUCAGCAAAUAUUGAUUCGAAAGUUAUUACAGAUAAACAUGUAAAAUUAAUCUCAAAAUGGAUUAAUUGGAGUGAUGUUGAUGCUGGAAGGUUUACAUUACUUUUUUAUAGAAUAGAUGUAAAAUAUGAAUUUAAACUAUUAUUUCGUGGAUCUCGUGAUGGGUUUACAUGUGAAAAGUUACGUGAGCUUUGUGAUAAUCAAACUCGAACCGUAACGAUUAUUAAAGUAAAAGGUGGCGACGAAAUUCUUGGAGGGUAUAAUCCUGUUGCAUGGAAUCCUGGGUAUAGAGAUUUAUAUUAUAUGUACACUAAAGAAAGUUUUAUAUUCUCAUUUAACGAUAAAAGUAACGUUGAAAAUUGUAUUCUAAGUCGGGUUAAAGAUAAUGGGUUUGCUAUAAGAGAUGGAGUAACGGUAAGUCCAUCAUUUGGUAAAACAGAUCUUUUCAUUAAUAAAGAUAUUUUGACUAAAGGUAAGUGUAAAAAAGAUACUUAUGAAAAAGCAAUCAGGAAAGCUAAAGAUAAUUUUGUUAUAGAAGAAUAUGAAGUAUUUCAAGUUAUACAAAGAUGA